AUGGCUUCCCUGCCAGCAAAACCGCCGUCCGCCGGCCUGCCCAUGCCCUCGCCCAACCCGCUGCCGCUCUCGGCGUCCCAGGAAGCCCAGGUCCGCGACCUCUAUUAUGAGCGCGUCCGCAAGCAGUGUUCUGAGGAGAUUAAGGCCUUUGCGGACUGUGCGCUGGGCCGCACCUUUUCCGUCGUCUUCAAGUGCCGCGACAAGAACAACGAAAUGAACGCCUGCCUCCGGUCCCACGCCACGCCGCGCGCGCUCGACGAGGCCCGGGAAGAGUGGUUUGCCAAGCGGCAAGAGCGCGCCGCCGAGCGCGCCGCCAAGGCCGCGCGCAAGGCCGAGCAGGAAAAGCUGAUGCGGGAGUGGUGGGGCCUGGAGGGCGCGGACGGCUCGCAGGCCGGGCGCGAAGACAUCCAGGCGAAGCGGCGGCGGUACGAAGAGUCGCGGCGGCACCGGCCGGAGCGGGUUGGCGGGAUGCCGGCCAAGGACCGGCCGCGGUUUGACGAUGCUGCCGCGGACGAGGCGACGAAGCGGUAG